GUGGAAACCAAAUACGGGGGGAAGUAGCUCGGUUUGUCCUGGAUUUUUAAAAUCCAUUUCAUUAUCUUCUUUUCUCCUGGUGUCACAUUCGUUUUUAUUAACAAAAGCAGAACCAGUAAGAGGUCAUGGAAUUGCCAUUAAAACGCGGCUGUCAUGACAGUUUCUGUGAACCCUCAAGCCUGAAGAAUGGUUUACCAAGUUCUAUUAAUGUUAAACAAAAGCCAGAAUCACAUAAUCCACUUGUUGGAUCAAAGAACCAUAAUAAAGCUGAGAACACAGCUGCCAACAGUAAAGCUAUCAUUUCUACUUUGAAAAAUCUUCAGAAAAAGAUUCGUUCUUUAGAGAUGGAGCGGGCAGAAGCUGAGCAAAAAAUGCAAAGUCUGCGAUUUGAAGCUGUUCGGUAUAAAAAUACCUUGGAGCAAGAAAAAAAGGAUGCCAACAAGAAGACUGGAGAACCUAAUGAACUCACCGUUCAACUGGGAGCUGUUGAAAGUCGCUGCUCACUGCUGGAGAAGCAAUUAGAAUAUAUGAGGACUAUGGUGGAACAUGCAGAAAUAGAGAAGAAUAUGUUAUUGGAAAAGCAGGCUUCACUGCAGAUGGAUAGGCAUUGGGAUGACGCACAGCUGCAAUCAAAGCUUGAAAAACUGGAAAUCCUAGAACAGGAGUGUUUAAAAGUUACUGCAACACAAACCAGAGCAGAAAGUAAAAUAAAGGAACUACAGCAAAGAUUUCAAGAAGAAGAACAUCAGCGUAAGCUGAUCCAAGACAAGGCAGCUCAGCUUCAAACUGAACUUGAAAUAAACAGAAUACUUAUAGGAUCCUCUUCUGCAAAAAAGAAAAAAGUGAAGAGAAGAAAAGGCAUUGUGCAGAAUGAGAUGAAAAAGGAAAACUCUCAGUCACCUCGUCUUUGGCCAGGACAAGUAGGAUUUCCAUUUGUUGCUGGCACAUCCAUUAGUUCCAGCCACUCAGUUGCAGCAAAUGUACAGAAUGUCCUCCAUCUGAUGAAGCAUUAUAACAAAAUGACUUCUGAUGGAAGACCAAAGUAUUCUGAUCAAAGAACAUUGAAGAACACAAGAGGAGUGAUUUGUGACAAAGGCAGGGUGAAGAAUGAGGAUUUGAAGUCUGUAUCAUUCUCUCUCUCAUCCUCAUCAUUGACUGAGGGGCUCUCCGAAAUCCUUGUGGCAUUGCAGGACGAGCUGGGUCAAAUGAGCUUCGAGCAUCAGGACUUGCUGAAGCAAAUACAAGAUACCAAGAAUAUAAAUGUCCGUGAAGAUUUGGAACGUGAACUGGACUGUCUAGUGAAGCAGAUGGAGAAGAAAGGGGAACAGAUUUCUAAACUCAAAAAACACCAAGAUCAUGUUGAAAAACUGAAUCUAAAAGUGAAAAAGAUGAGGAAGCAGUUGGCUGAAACAAAGAAAGGAUCAAAACCUUUAAAUGAAAUAAAAGAAGUUGCCCCAAAAGCAACAGAAUAUUUAGCUAAGCAAACUACUGCUCUGGGGAAGAAAGGACAAGAAAGCCUUCAGUUGCUUAAAAAUGCACAAAGGCUGCAGAUGACCCUAAGGAAAAAUGACAUUGUAUGGGACCAGUGAUUACAUGAACUUGUAAAUUGUUGUGGAAUAGGUCUGUGAAUCUAUUCCCUUUUUUUUGUUUUUUUAUAUAAGACUUGACUUGAAAUAUUGCGGACACUGGCGUAUGGUACUGAUUUAUUUGAUGUUUCGUGUUGCUUUUUUCAUUGUAAUCUACAAUCAGUGACUUGCUCUGAGCACUUACUGAUGCUAGAUUGCUGAAUGUUUUUUAUAUGUGUUACUUGUUCAU